AUGCCUUCUAUGAGUGCAAAGAAGGCCACUGGAUCCGCUAGAAAUCAUUUGAGCUGCAGGGUUUUGCUUGCUCGCUUGCUUACUUUGCUGUCUACAAAUGCUGCUGCAAAGAUAUUAGUGGUGGGGUUACCCAAUGUUGGCAAAUCAACUUUCUUUAACAUAGUAACAAAGGUGGGCUCCCGCGCCGGCAACUCCAGGCUUGCGGUGAAGAAGAUCAAGGCUGAGAAGGACCCCAAUAAGCCCACGCGCCCCCGAGCGCUUUCUUCAUCUUCAUGUGAGUCCCAGUCUUGGUUCCUGGUUCGAUUCGUGUUGCUUCUGUGGGACAACUUUAGGAAGGAUUACAAGGAGAAGCACCUCGGCGUCAAGCAGGUCUCCGUGAUUGGCAAGGUCGGUGGUGAGAAGUGGAAGUCCAUGAGUGAUGUUCUGGAGAACGAAAAGCAUGCAGGUGCUCUGCUCUUGCACACGUCUGGCACCAUCUCCGGCGCGGUGGUGCUUCUUGAGGCGACCGGCGUGAUGGCGGCUUUGUACGGCGGCGACCACAAGCUCUCUAUUUAUAGUAUUUGCCUUCUGUGUGAUGGUUUGCAACUAUUUUAUGGUGAUGUGGAUAUACUUUCUGAUUUAAAGUUACUAAUAUUUUUUGUUUUGAUCUUUCUCUGGUGCGAGGAAAUCUGUGAGUAG